AUGAAGACUUGUCAACGGUUAGUUAUUCUAGCAAUCUUCGGCUUUUGCGCAGCAGAUCCUCUUGUGAGAUAUCAACCAGAACAAAUUCAUUUGUCAUUGGGUGAGUCUGAAACUGAGAUAGUUGUUACAUGGACAACAUGGAACAAUACAGACGAAUCAGUGGUAAAAUAUGGAAUUAACGGACCAAUUCUUAAGGCUACAGGUACUUCUACAUUGUUUGUAGAUGGUGGUGAACUCCACCGUACCCAGUAUAUACACCGCGUCAGGCUUGCUGGAUUACAGCCAUCCAGUAAAUAUGUGUAUUACUGUGGAAGUAAUCAAGGCUGGUCUCCUCGGUUUUGGUUCAAAACUGUUCCUAGUGAUACCAAUUGGUCACCUAGCCUUGCUUUUUUCGGUGAUUUGGGUAAUGUAAAUGCACAAUCUCUUCCUAGAUUACAAGAGGAAACUGAACGAGAACUCUAUGAUAUGAUACUUCAUAUCGGUGAUUUCGCAUAUGAUAUGGAUAGUGAAAAUGCCAAAGUUGGAGAUGAAUUCAUGCGCCAAUUGGAACCGAUAGCUUCAUAUGUACCAUACAUGACUUGUCCUGGCAAUCACGAGCAAAAAUAUAAUUUCAGCAAUUAUAAAGCUCGUUUCAGUAUGCCUGGUGGCUAUGAGAACAUGAUGUAUAGUUUUAAUUUAGGACCAGCUCACUUUAUUAGUAUUUCGACAGAAUUUUACUAUUUCCUUUAUUAUGGGAUUAAACCAGUUGUUUUACAAUAUGAAUGGCUUGUUAAUGAUCUCAAAGAAGCAAAUAAACCUGAAAACCGAAAACAGAGACCAUGGAUAAUUGUUUAUGGUCAUAGACCAAUGUAUUGUUCAGACGACGAUAAAGAUGAUUGUACAUAUCAUGAAACAAUCACUAGGGUUGGUCUACCAUUACUCCAUUGGUUUGGGUUAGAAAAACUAUUUCAUGAUAAUGGAGUUGACUUGUGUCUUUGGGGCCAUGAACAUACAUAUGAAAGAAUGUGGCCUGUGUAUGACCAUACUGUUUAUAAUGGCUCUUAUUUAGAACCGUAUACAAAUCCAGGAGCACCAGUUCAUAUUACAUCUGGUUCUGCUGGUUGCCAAGAAAUAACUGACAAUUUUAUUCCAAACCCUCCAGAUUGGUCAGCAAUUAGAAAUAGUGAUUAUGGUUAUGGCCGUAUGAAGAUUUAUAAUAGUACACAUUUAUAUGUUGAACAAGUGUCUGAUGACAAGGAUGGCGAGGUAAUAGAUCAUAUUUGGCUCAUCAAGGAUCAUCAUAAGCCUUAUGGAAAAUCAACUUCAAAAUAA